AACACAAGUCCGAAAGCAAGCCUUUCAGUCAUUCCGACUUAAAUCUAUUACUUAACUCAAUCAUGAAUCCCAUCAACCAAAAUCAACUGAUCGACGAAGAAUUUGAGCAUAUUCGCUAUGAUGUAUUCCGAGAAGUCAGCUCACAGGACGGACCGCUGUCCAAAAAUCUCCGGACUCGGCUCAAUAGUUUGCCCCGGCAUAUCCGCAAGCAGCUUGUGGAAGCAGAAUAUAACGGCUGUUCAUCCCUGUUCACUGCCUGUUGCAAAGGAAACGUUGAAAUCGCCGAGUAUCUGAUAACAAAGUGUGACGCCAACAUCGAACAGCGGGGUAUACUAUUUGACUAUGCGGAUCGGAAGGAUGAGGAGUUCGAGGAUUAUACGGUACACAACGUGACUCCACUGUGUGCUGCCUGUGGCGCAGGUCAUCUUCAUCUCGUGAAAUGUCUUGUCAGACUGGGGUGUAAUGUGAAUGCUGUCUCCGGGAUCGGCUCUUCAGCUCUUGAGGUUGCCUGCACUAACAAAGAUCUCGAAAUCGUUCAAUAUUUGGUAGAGAACGGAGCGAACAUUCGAAAGCCAAGCUUCGAUGGUGCAACUUACCUCAUCGAUUCGAUCGAAUCAGCGCCUAUAUGUAGUUAUCUCAUCAGAAAAGGGGCUGACGUUAAUGCACGCGAUGUGUACGACAAAACCGCUCUACAUUAUGCAGUUGAGAGUCUAAGUUACGGAACAAUUCGAUUGUUACUGGAUCAUGGAGCCGAUCCGUUCGCCAGAAGUCGUUAUGGGGAUGACCCUCUUCAGCUAGCAUGUAUAACAGGGUCACUAGAGGUAGUGGAAUAUCUUCUGAGCAGAAUAAACUACCCUCGAGAAAGAUGGAUCGAAGCUAUCGAGCUGAUGGGAUCAACAUUAAUUCAUUUCCAUUACGAUACACAAGACGUUCUUCUUCACUGGCGAUUGGCUUAUGAUACGAGGACGAAUAAAAACAAUAACAUCCAAGAGAGACCGCAAAUCCCACCACGACCCGCUUAUGGAAACAUGGUCGAGUUCGCCACAAUCGACGAACUGAACGCAUCCGCUUGGGAUGUGGAUGCAUUGCGGAUGCAGGGUUUAUUGAUACAGGAGAGGUUAUUGGGGAUCGAUCACAAGGUUACUUUACAUCGAUUAAUGGAACGAGGAGAUUUCUACAAAGUAACCAGACGCUACCAGGUUUGUAUAGAUCUAUGGAUGCUGGCAUUGCGAGUGAGAGUUCAAAAGCAUACCAUAUUGCACAGUGAUACCUGCGACACAGUGAGGGCCAUCGUGAAAUUGAUGGUGAAUUUAAUGGAUGAUAAUGACCCAAUGGUACCACAAUUUAAGGAUGCCUACACCAUGUUCCAACUAUUGACAUCCAACAUUUCUGAGAUUCAGCAGCUACUUAGUAUUCAACCGGUCAAUAGGUCACAGCAAAAAAACUACGAUUGUAUACUCCGUUGUCUGCUGCACCUGAUGUGCAUCUUGCUCUCCGUAGCUAAAACCAAGGAUGACCACAAAUUGAUCGAAAGCUCCGUCCUUGGUCUUGUCCUGAACAAUAUUCGAAGUGUACAAACCAACGAAACGCUACUGCAUAUGUCCGUUUCGAACAUGGGUUUGAUGAAAAGCGAUUAUUUCACGGAUGAAGUAGACACAAAAAGAUUCUUCCCCAAUCUACCUGUUACAAAGUUGCUGUUGGACUGUGGCGCACCAGUCAAUGCGAGGGACAAUACCAGAUCCACGCCAUUGCUUCUUGCCGCCUACCCUUUCAAUUAUGAGAAAGAUGUGAUCCACACUUUGAUCGAACACGGUGCCCAUCUGGAUCUACCGAAUUUAUUGGGUGACCGGCCAUCGUCCAUGCUCAGGAGAAUCUCGAUGAAUGAUAUUUGUCUGGGCCAACAAAUUUCGCUCAAAUGUCUCAGCGCUAAUGUAAUUGUUAAGUCAGGGGUGUCCUAUCGGAAUGAGGUGCCUCGCAUGCUGGAGGAUUUUAUUCGAGCGCAUGAAAUUCAUUCCGACUUAAAUCUAUUACUUAACUCAAUCAUGAAUCCCAUCAACCAAAAUCAACUGAUCGACGAAGAAUUUGAGCAUAUUCGCUAUGAUGUAUUCCGAGAAGUCAGCUCACAGGACGGACCGCUGUCCAAAAAUCUCCGGACUCGGCUCAAUAGUUUGCCCCGGCAUAUCCGCAAGCAGCUUGUGGAAGCAGAAUAUAACGGCUGUUCAUCCCUGUUCACUGCCUGUUGCAAAGGAAACGUUGAAAUCGCCGAGUAUCUGAUAACAAAGUGUGACGCCAACAUCGAACAGCGGGGUAUACUAUUUGACUAUGCGGAUCGGAAGGAUGAGGAGUUCGAGGAUUAUACGGUACACAACGUGACUCCACUGUGUGCUGCCUGUGGCGCAGGUCAUCUUCAUCUCGUGAAAUGUCUUGUCAGACUGGGGUGUAAUGUGAAUGCUGUCUCCGGGAUCGGCUCUUCAGCUCUUGAGGUUGCCUGCACUAACAAAGAUCUCGAAAUCGUUCAAUAUUUGGUAGAGAACGGAGCGAACAUUCGAAAGCCAAGCUUCGAUGGUGCAACUUACCUCAUCGAUUCGAUCGAAUCAGCGCCUAUAUGUAGUUAUCUCAUCAGAAAAGGGGCUGACGUUAAUGCACGCGAUGUGUACGACAAAACCGCUCUACAUUAUGCAGUUGAGAGUCUAAGUUACGGAACAAUUCGAUUGUUACUGGAUCAUGGAGCCGAUCCGUUCGCCAGAAGUCGUUAUGGGGAUGACCCUCUUCAGCUAGCAUGUAUAACAGGGUCACUAGAGGUAGUGGAAUAUCUUCUGAGCAGAAUAAACUACCCUCGAGAAAGAUGGAUCGAAGCUAUCGAGCUGAUGGGAUCAACAUUAAUUCAUUUCCAUUACGAUACACAAGACGUUCUUCUUCACUGGCGAUUGGCUUAUGAUGCGAGGACGAAUAAAAACAAUAACAUCCAAGAGAAAUCGCAAAUCCCACCACGACCUGCUUAUGGAAACAUGGUCGAGUUCGCCACAAUCGACGAACUGAACGCAUCCGCUUGGGAUGUGGAUGCAUUGCGGAUGCAGGGUUUAUUGAUACAGGAGAGGUUAUUGGGGAUCGAUCACAAGGUUACUUUACAUCGAUUAAUGGAACGAGGAGAUUUCUACAAAGUAACCAGACGCUACCAGGUUUGUAUAGAUCUAUGGAUGCUGGCAUUGCGAGUGAGAGUUCAAAAGCAUACCAUAUUGCACAGUGAUACCUGCGACACAGUGAGGGCCAUCGUGAAAUUGAUGGUGAAUUUAAUGGAUGAUAAUGACCCAAUGGUACCACAAUUUAAGGAUGCCUACACCAUGUUCCAACUAUUGACAUCCAACAUUUCUGAGAUUCAGCAGCUACUUAGUAUUCAACCGGUCGAUAGGUCACAGCAAAAAAACUACGAUUGUAUACUCCGUUGUCUGCUGCACCUGAUGUGCAUCUUGCUCUCCGUAGCUAAAACCAAGGAUGACCACAAAUUGAUCGAAAGCUCCGUCCUUGGUCUUGUCCUGAACAAUAUUCGAAGUGUACAAACCAACGAAACGCUACUGCAUAUGUCCGUUUCGAACAUGGGUUUGAUGAAAAGUGAUUAUUUCACGGAUGAAGUAGACACAAAAAGAUUCUUCCCCAAUCUACCUGUUACAAAGUUGCUGUUGGACUGUGGCGCACCAGUCAAUGCGAGGGACAAUACCAGAUCCACGCCAUUGCUUCUUGCCGCCUACCCUUUCAAUUAUGAGAAAGAUGUGAUCCACACUUUGAUCGAACACGGUGCCCAUCUGGAUCUACCGAAUUUAUUGGGUGACCGGCCAUCGUCCAUGCUCAGGAGAAUCUCGAUGAAUGAUAUUUGUCUGGGCCAACAAAUUUCGCUCAAAUGUCUCAGCGCUAAUUCCGAAAGCAAGCCUUUCAGUCAUUCCGACUUAAAUCUAUUACUUAACUCAAUCAUGAAUCCCAUCAACCAAAAUCAACUGAUCGACGAAGAAUUUGAGCAUAUUCGCUAUGAUGUAUUCCGAGAAGUCAGCUCACAGGACGGACCGCUGUCCAAAAAUCUCCGGACUCGGCUCAAUAGUUUGCCCCGGCAUAUCCGCAAGCAGCUUGUGGAAGCAGAAUAUAACGGCUGUUCAUCCCUGUUCACUGCCUGUUGCAAAGGAAACGUUGAAAUCGCCGAGUAUCUGAUAACAAAGUGUGACGCCAACAUCGAACAGCGGGGUAUACUAUUUGACUAUGCGGAUCGGAAGGAUGAGGAGUUCGAGGAUUAUACGGUACACAACGUGACUCCACUGUGUGCUGCCUGUGGCGCAGGUCAUCUUCAUCUCGUGAAAUGUCUUGUCAGACUGGGGUGUAAUGUGAAUGCUGUCUCCGGGAUCGGCUCUUCAGCUCUUGAGGUUGCCUGCACUAACAAAGAUCUCGAAAUCGUUCAAUAUUUGGUAGAGAACGGAGCGAACAUUCGAAAGCCAAGCUUCGAUGGUGCAACUUACCUCAUCGAUUCGAUCGAAUCAGCGCCUAUAUGUAGUUAUCUCAUCAGAAAAGGGGCUGACGUUAAUGCACGCGAUGUGUACGACAAAACCGCUCUACAUUAUGCAGUUGAGAGUCUAAGUUACGGAACAAUUCGAUUGUUACUGGAUCAUGGAGCCGAUCCGUUCGCCAGAAGUCGUUAUGGGGAUGACCCUCUUCAGCUAGCAUGUAUAACAGGGUCACUAGAGGUAGUGGAAUAUCUUCUGAGCAGAAUAAACUACCCUCGAGAAAGAUGGAUCGAAGCUAUCGAGCUGAUGGGAUCAACAUUAAUUCAUUUCCAUUACGAUACACAAGACGUUCUUCUUCACUGGCGAUUGGCUUAUGAUGCGAGGACGAAUAAAAACAAUAACAUCCAAGAGAGAUCGCAAAUCCCACCACGACCCGCUUAUGGAAACAUGGUCGAGUUCGCCACAAUCGACGAACUGAACGCAUCCGCUUGGGAUGUGGAUGCAUUGCGGAUGCAGGGUUUAUUGAUACAGGAGAGGUUAUUGGGGAUCGAUCACAAGGUUACUUUACAUCGAUUAAUGGAACGAGGAGAUUUCUACAAAGUAACCAGACGCUACCAGGUUUGUAUAGAUCUAUGGAUGCUGGCAUUGCGAGUGAGAGUUCAAAAGCAUACCAUAUUGCACAGUGAUACCUGCGACACAGUGAGGGCCAUCGUGAAAUUGAUGGUGAAUUUAAUGGAUGAUAAUGACCCAAUGGUACCACAAUUUAAGGAUGCCUACACCAUGUUCCAACUAUUGACAUCCAACAUUUCUGAGAUUCAGCAGCUACUUAGUAUUCAACCGGUCAAUAGGUCACAGCAAAAAAACUACGAUUGUAUACUCCGUUGUCUGCUGCACCUGAUGUGCAUCUUGCUCUCCGUAGCUAAAACCAAGGAUGACCACAAAUUGAUCGAAAGCUCCGUCCUUGGUCUUGUCCUGAACAACAUUCGAAGUGUACAAACCAACGAAACGCUACUGCAUAUGUCCGUUUCGAACAUGGGUUUGAUGAAAAGCGAUUAUUUCACGGAUGAAGUAGACACAAAAAGAUUCUUCCCCAAUCUACCUGUUACAAAGUUGCUGUUGGACUGUGGCGCACCAGUCAAUGCGAGGGACAAUACCAGAUCCACGCCAUUGCUUCUUGCCGCCUACCCUUUCAAUUAUGAGAAAGAUGUGAUCCACACUUUGAUCGAACACGGUGCCCAUCUGGAUCUACCGAAUUUAUUGGGUGACCGGCCAUCGUCCAUGCUCAGGAGAAUCUCGAUGAAUGAUAUUUGUCUGGGCCAACAAAUUUCGCUCAAAUGUCUCAGCGCUAAUGUAAUUGUUAAGUCAGGGGUGUCCUAUCGGAAUGAGGUGCCUCGCAUGCUGGAGGAUUUUAUUCGAGCGCAUGAAAUGUUUUAG